GACAGCCCACACUGUGCUGUCUGGACCAUCAAGGAAGGUGUGAGGACAGUGCCUGCUUUGUGAGCACUGAGAGGUCAGCAGCCAAAAGGCUGCCUGCUUUCAACUGCUUUUGUACAAACCCAGUGAAAACAAGCAAACAUAAAUCCUUUCAUCAGAGAGGAGAGAACAUGAGAGAAACAGGCAAGAGGAGCAGAGAGCAGCUGAGAGCAGAGGUGUCAGCCAGGCAGGCAGUGGGAGCAUGCUCUGCUGACAGCAGUUACAGCUCAGGCUGGCUGUGAGAGCCCAAAACACUUCAGAAGGGAGGGGUGAAGCUGCCCCCCAGGAGGGCCCAGUUAGGGGUGGCUGUGGUGAGCAGGGCAGAAAGCUCUCAGCCCUCUGGACUCAGGAGGUGGGAAGCAAUGACUCCAGAGCUGCAGAUUUAAUUGUUCCCUGCUGACAGUGCAGAGCCUGGGAGUGCUGAGGAUUCUGCUGACCCCAGGUCCACAGGCCUGGGUCUGGGUUUGUACUGAUGUUACCCCUUCUGUUCUUUCAUGGAGUGUGCUUAGGCUCAGCUUUCACCUGAGUGAAGGGAGGCUGUUCAGAUGGCCUCAGGAGGGCAAAGUGAGGACACAGAGCAUCCCUCGGAGCCUCCCGCAGCGUCUCUUCAGAGCAGCAGAACAUGCCAGUGGGGAGCCAUACUUGCUGCAGUGAGAGAUCACCUGCCCUCCUUGGGCUCUGACAGCUCCACAUCAGACUCUGAGGGCGAUGCAGAGCUCUACAUCUACCACCGGGAGCAGCCCAGCUUCAUUCCUGACCUGGCAGAGGAGCUGCUGGAGUUCUCCCUGGAAGACUUAGGAAUGCAGGUUGUAGAGUGCUGUAUCUGGAAUGGAGAUCUGGAAGGUUUUGGCUUUCAGAAACAGGCAGAAGGUGCCCAAGUUGGUGCAAAAGAAGAUACACAAAUGAUUCAAGGUGAGACUUCCAGUCUUGCUGCCCACACUACAGGAAUUCUGAGCCAGAAAGAAGCUGGUCCUGAUGAGUCUCUUGCAGAUUCCAGGGAUCACCUUGAAGAAGAACUGGGCAGGAAACAGGCCAUGGAAAGAGGGAACUCUUGGCUUAACACAGCACUGUCUGUGGAAGGGCUGGGGUCUGCCAAAGAGAGGAGAAAGCUGAUAAAGACAAAGAUCCUCUUCAAAAUCUUUCUGGAGCCAUCACCAGGCCACUCAGAGCUCAGAGUCAAGCCUCCCUCACAUGACAUUAACAACAGUGCAGAAAGAACUGCUGAGGAGAAACCUUCCUCAGAUGGCUGUCUCCAAGAGCUGCAGAAGGUGGAGCAAUGGGAUCAAGGCAAGAAUCCUGAGGAGCUGGAGCAGCAGAGAGAUAACACUCAGGCAGAAGCUGCUUUGUCCUCAGCAGAUCAUGAUACCUUCUGGAGUAAAUCUGAGAAUCAGCUGCAGGAGGAGCUAGAGGAGCUGUGUGCCAGGCAGUCCAGGACAGUGUCUCCACCCUGCAGCUGGCCAUCAGCCAAGCUCUCCUCCUCUCAAGAGCAGCAGGAGAAGAAGACUUCUUGUCUGGAUGAGGACAUGCUGAAAGAGUGUUCCCUGUACAGAGGCUGCUCCUCUUCACCAAGCUCUCCAAGAGGAGCCACAAUGAGCUCAGAGUGUCUGCCAGAGCCUGGAGCUGUGUACACAGACCUCAGAGAAGCCCAAGCACAGAAGUUAGCAAUCUCUGAUGGGUGCCUGAGUGCAAGCAGCAGCUCCAGUGAAGAAGAGGAGCCAAUGGCAGUUAAGGACCAAGCAACAAGGAGAAGGAGGAAUUGCUCAGGGAAAAGCCUCCUGCUGCAACAACUCCAUGCAGCCUGCAGAGAAGCCUCAGAGCUCCUUCCUCAAACAUCCACCCCAGCUGGAAAACUUGAAGGCUCAAAGCAGGAGCCAGGAAGUCUGGCAAAGAAAGAUUCCCCUAAACUCAGUCACACCCAGUAUUUUGAAGUGAGGGAAGAGACAGCUAAAGAGACUCCCAGGAAACUGAGACUGGAAAGAGAGGAAAGAGCUCCUCCUGUGUUCAUCCACAGGGCCAGGGGAGCUGACCUGGGAAAAGGAAACCAAAUGGCUGCUGAGAUGGCUCCAAAUUCAGGCACUGCUCCAGAGUCUCCUCUGGCUCCCACAGCCCUGCCAAGGCCAGAAGACAGUAAGAGAGAGCUAUCCCAACAGGAAGAACAGAGGAAAGAGAGACACAGACUCCAGGAGCAGCCUCAGCAGUCAGUUGCUGGCCAGCAGCCCAUGGCAGAGGAAAGCCCUGUGUUGUUCCACCUGACUACAGAAGAUCCCCAGGGAGCAGCCAGCUUGUCCCAGGAGUUUGCUGCCUUUCUAGCCUGCACUCAGCUUCCAGAGGUCAGCUGCUGGAGGACAGAGCUGGCCAGCUGCUUCCACUUCUUCCUGACAUUCCCUAGAAGAGCUGCCUCCUUCCCACCCUUCAGAGACUGGCAAGGUGCCCCCAGUGCUGCCCUGAGGCGUGAGGGUCCCAGAGCCCGCAGCAGCCUGCGGGACGCCUCCGCGCUGGCCGGCGUGAGGGGCAGCAGCUCCAGCAGCGCCGCCUCCUGCAGCAGCCUCGGGGAGCCCCUUGGCCACCUGCCCCAGCACAGGGAGCUGUGCCUCUGCUUUGGCCUGCACCCUGCUUCCCAGGGCAGCAGCAGGGCAAGCUCCCAGAGUCCUCCAUCAGCUAGAGCAGAGGCAGAUGAAGAGCAGGCUGCUCUCCAGAGCAUGGUGCUGUCUCCACCUCCAGCAGUGCUUGUCUGCACUACCAAAGGGCUGAUGGGUGAGCUGGCAAAGCAAGGCCUCCUUGGCAGCAGGAGCAGCCUGCCUGGUGCAGCUGGACUGGACCCCUCCAGAGCCCAGGCUCUCUGCACUGUGCUGCUGAUCAGAGCUGGUGCUUGGAGCCGUAGCCUGGGUCGGAUCCUGCACAAACUAGAGCCGGGAAGAUGCACCGUGGUGGGGGUGAAGCACAUCAGCCUGCAAGCAGCUCCUGCCCUAGGACUGCUGCCUCCUGAGGAGAAGCAGCGCCAGGCAGCCCCCGGGGCCGCGCACCCUGCUCCCUGCCGCCACGUUCCACACACAGCUGGGGCCCUGCUCCCCCUGCCCAAGAGCCUGGAGCAGUCCCUGCUGGCCCACAGGAGCGGGUCCCUGCUGGCCCACAGGAGCGGGUCCCUGCUGGCCCACAGGAGCGGGUCCCUGCUGGCCCACAGGAGCAGCUCUGCUGUUUCCUUGCUGGCUGCUGCUGGCUCAGAAGCUCCCUGUGCCUACCUGACCUUGGGCACUGCCCUGCUCUGUCUCCAGAGCCCCAACACCGUGAAGAAGCUGCUGGAUUUACUGGGGCCAGGGGAUCCCAGGGCAGCCCAAGCACUGGAGCCACUGCUCUGGAGGGCUCAGCAUGGCACCAGCAGUGUCCAAAACACAUUUUGUGGCUCCAAAUCCUACCUGAGAGCUGUCCAGGACACGAAGCUGUUUCUCCCAGAAGGGCUCUACGUGCCUGAUAACCUCUGCCAAACCACUUGCCUGGUGUUGCCUGGGAUCAUCCUGCGCGGUUCUGAGCACCCAGCUUACAUGGAGCUGCUGGAGCAGCUCCUUGGCAGAGGCUUAGCAGUGACUGGAGCUGGCCUCCCGUGCCGGGCACCCUGCAGACUCGCCGUGUCUCAAAGGCGCUCAGCGGGGCCAAGUGCAGCGCUGCAGCAAAGGCAGCACACAGGCAGCGCUCCGCAGCGAGGCUCGCAGGCUGGGCUCGGCGAUGGCAACAACAGAGCUCUGCCCUUCCCUCCCUUGCAGUGCUCCCUCUUGAUGGAUGCUUUCUGCCCGGUGCUGGCGGCCAGCAGCGCGGUCCUGAGCUUCGGCUCCCUGCUGGACAGCGGCAGCGCCGCUGACGGAGCCGAGCGGCUGCCUUCGGAGACCGCAAAUGGCAGCGGCUCCUUCUCUGCCGGCGAGCGGCGAGGGGGAGGGUCCUUCCAGCCAGCGCCUGGUCCCUCCUCACCCGCCCGGGGGCAGAGCGCACAGCUGCCCCUGCUGAAGCCGGAGAGGUUCCCUGCAGCCAACGCUCAGCCCGGGGAGGUCAACAUCAGCCUCUCCCCGCGGGGAGAGCCCAAACCGACAGCUGAGGGAACAGGAAAGAAGACCCCAACGACCUACCCACACCGCGACCCCACGGGACAGAAAUCACACCUGGGCACCCCUCUGCCGGACGGACAGACAGACAGACACACCCCCCAGGAGGCGCCACCCGGCGAGCCCUCCCCGGGGCGGCCGGGAUCCCGUAUCUACAUUAUUGCACGAGAGGUGGAGGACAAGGAAGGACCUAAGGCAAAGAGGAACGACCGCGCCUAG